AAUGUUAAACUUCCAUGCGGGAGAGGAGGGGGGGCUUCACUUAUUUCUAUGAUUUUACUUGAUAUCAAAAGUGCAUUAUUUAUUUUAAUAGCUGAUUGACCUAAUAUGAAUUUUUACAUAAUUUGUUUCUUACACACAUUUUUGUAACAUUGGGAAAAAUUACCAAGCAGUUAACCUUUCGUGGUUCAAGCGUAGUUUGAGUUAAACCCAAAGGUCUAUCAGCAAGAGGCGUCAGUUAACGCUUUAUUUUUCUCUAUUUUUUAGCCCCAGCACUAUCUAAAUAGCAUGUUUAAUUCUUGUCAUUUAUGAGGACUUAACUCGCUGUUUUCAGCGAUUCCAGUUUUCUUCUGGUGUAAUUCCAAUUUGUUUCACCAUAACGGAUAAGCGCUGAUGGGGGUGCAAUUCAGUUGCAAUGAAUUAAAUGGCCCAAAAUAUGACUUGAUAAAAACCAUUUGUUCUCACAACAGCUAUUGUAGGUGGUUUUAGUUUCUUGGAUACCGUUGUCUCCGGAGACUUAUUGAUCGACAAAUAUUGCGGCAGGUACCUGGUAUUCUAUACCUACUGUGGUCGAAGCAGAUGAAGCCAGUUACUUUCAGGCAUCAUUUGCAACAGCAAUGAAGUCAUUUGUGGGUUUGCAAGUAGUGCUUUUAGUGAUAUUUCUCACAGGAUGCAAAUGUAAAGAAAUUGAAAAGGUGGACUAUACUGAUGCAAAAUCUUCCCUUCUUGCACAGAUGGACCCACUUAUUUACGAUCCCGAAGUGAGACCUCAUUUGAUUUCCGGUACACCAGAGGUCGUCGCAGUGGGGAUUGAAAUCGACACAUUCAGUGAAAUAAGUGUCGCAAAAAUGGAUUUCACAGCUGAAAUUUAUCUUCGACAGUACUGGAUGGAUCCAAGGCUUGCAGAUAAUGGUUCUUUUGGUCUACCAAUAUCUCUAACAGCCAGCGAAACGGUAUCAAGUAUCUGGAAGCCAGAUUUGUACUUUUUGAACGAGAAAAGUGCCAAGCUGCACAGUGUUCCCAGUCCAAACAUUCUGUUGCGCAUUUGGCCGACAGGGCAGAUACUUUACUCUCAAAGACUGUCCCUAACGAUUGGUUGUCAGUUUGACUUUUUCAAUUUUCCAAUGGACGUACAGAUAUGUAAACUUGAGAUGCAGAGCUAUGCGUACUCUACAGAUGAUCUCCAUUUUAGGUGGCACGAGCCACCGAUAGAUUUUAGGAAAAGUGAUCUUAAUUUCCCAGAAUUUGAACUGAUAGACAUUGAAGUAGAUAAAUCCAUAGAAGAGCAUCAGGCUACAGGUAAUUAUUCUCGGCUGAUAGUUGCAGUCCGCAUUAAACGCGAUUCCCGCCCUUACAUCAUCAACAUCUACGUUCCAAGUACAGUAGUGGUCAUUCUUAGCUUCAUGAGCAUGUGGAUAGACCCCAGGGCGGUUCCAGCCAGGGUGACCAUAGGGAUCAUCACAGUCCUGACCACUAUGACCCAGAGUGUCAAUAUCCAGCAGGAGUUGCCAAAAGUUUCGUACGUGAAGGCAGUAGAUGUGUGGCUGGCGGCUUGCUUGGUGUUCGUGGUAGGAGCCAUGCUCCAGUACGCAUUGGUGAAUGUGCUGCUGCAAAGGGAGGCAGACAGAAAUAAAAAGGAACCGCACCAUGCAGUAAAUCGUGUCAAUCCGGAAGCCUUAUCAAUGACCGACACACCCGCACCAUUGGUCAGCUACUGGUCCCCCGGAAAGGUGGACAUGUUUGGAAGAGUGGUGUUCUUUGUGGGAUUUGCAGUUUUUAAUCUGUUUUAUUGGCUUUUUUAUGUGCUGUUAUAACAGUAUGGCAAAAAGGGUACUUUAUUCGCAGGAUUUCUGAUAAUGUAGAAAGAGAGAGAUUGCUUCACUAAGAAUAUGACAAACGUCUACGCCCAUCUAAGAAACUGAAGCGAACGUCCAUUGGUUGUUCAAAUUGUAGGUGAUAUAUGAAAAUAAAUAGUAACAAAGACAAAAAAUUAGGUGUAAUGAGAGAAACUAUAAAUUUAAAUUCCGAUUUUAUCGAUACAAUUUUUGGUGUCCUUCUCUUACUGGCAUGAUAGAUAUGGGCAUCCAAUCCAUCUAGUCGGUGCCAAGUAGCUUCCAUGGAAUGGGGUGGGUUGACAGGAAGAAGAAAAAUCGAGGAGUCUGCAUCUGAUGUUAUCAACACUAUUAUGGCCACUUGACUAUGCUUUAUCAUGAAAAUGGUUAUCAUUGGCAGUUUAUAUCUAGCCAGGUUGUUAAAUCGACAUCGGGUUUGAUACAUUAGUCAAAAUGAGCAAAUGGAAUGUAUGCAUUGUUUUGUGUUUAAAAGGAAGUAAUAUUUCAAUAGCUAGAUAUAAAAUCUAUAACUUGCUUUGAAAUAAUAAUGCAAUUGGGCAUUAGGCUCUUUAUCAUUCUACAUCCCACGGCUGGGGCUUCAUACUUGGUGUACGAGGUGUUCGCUUGCCUGUACAACAUGUAGGUCUCGCUGAUGAUUCUCUUGUGUUUCGAAUCCAUUGCACGACUCUUCUUGUAUCUAGUAGAUAGGGAUCAAUUGUACAAUUGUACCUGACGUAUCUACACAC